UGAGAGAGCAUGGGACGUGCUACUGUUACCUGUAAUGCAGUUGUUCCCGAACUUCUUAACCGACAUAACUAUGAACACUGGAGUUCUCGAGUCGGGACAUACUUGGUGGCCAAAGACCUUUGGGAUGUGGUCAAAGGGAAACGUCCUACACCAAGUACUGAAGCUGAAAACAAGGCGUGGAUGAAGAAGAAUGCCAAGGCUUUACAUGCGAUUAACAAUUCGUGCGAGACUGAGAUAUUUCCUCUUAUCAGUAAGAUUGACACGGCCAUGGAAGCAAGGAAGGUUUUGGAGAAAGAGUUCUUCAAGUCAGAAAUAGAAGAAACAGCUGGCGAGAACAAUGCCAACAACUUUGACCGCUAUGCUCCGUUCUUCGAUUACGUCAUGCGUGAUGAUUGGGACAAUGCAAAGGAGUGUCUCUUCGGACUUGAAUCAGAUGCCGGCAACGCAUUAAGAGCAACAAGCCCAUAUUAUCAAAGCACAGCUCUUCACGUAGCAGCAUCGAAUGGGCAUGUGCAUAUUGUGAAAGAAUUGGUGCAGCUAAUGACACCGGAAGAUUUGGAAAUCAAAGACCGCAUUGGUGCCACACCUUUGGGUGCCCUUGCCAAAACGUGCAAGGUCGAAAGAAAAGCGAUCGAGAUGGCAAAAUACAUAGUUGAAAAGAACUACAGAUUAGUUUGGAUCCCUGUUACUUUUAGUAAUAGGAUUCCAGUUGUGGAGGCUUGUUCUUGGAGCAAAUGGGAAUUGGGUCGAUAUCUCUAUUCAGUCACUCCAAUACAGGUUUUAACGCCACAGUACGGUCCCCAUGGCUCUGGUCUUGUAUGCUUAUGUCUUCACCGUCUGAAAAUGUUGGAUAUUGCAUGGGACUUGCUUCAACGUUGCCCAACCUUGGCCAUAGGAGAACCCAUGCUAACAUUGGCGGGAACACGCUCAGCAUUUUUAAGUGGAGCACCACUCACACGCUGGCAAAAAUGGAUUUACAACCGUUUUCCAGGGAUCAGAGUGUUGCUAUCAAUUGAAGUGCUGGGAUGGGCUCCUGUUACCAGGAAGUAAUUUACAACACGAGGUUACUCUUCCUCUUUCCCAUUUGAAUUUGGCACCAAUUCUCUUCCUCUUAGCCAUGGGCGGGGGCUUCCGUCAUCAACAACGGCAUUCACAUUCCCCUGAAAUUUGACUCAGACCUUCCUAGGAUUUCAUCACGAUCCCCAGCCCCAAAAUGGAGUAGGCCUCACUGUCACCAUCUUGUUCUUCACCACCGCACAGGUGGUGGCCAUGGUCGACAGUCUGCCAAUUGUGUGUUCUAGAGCAACUGAGCAGGACGAUGAUGUAUCCACUUCAGAGCCAACUUGAAUUUGUUGUUCUAAUCUAAAGGACAGAAGAUCCCAGCUACCCAGCAAAAGGUUUUUUAAAUUGAGCAUGCAGUCAAGGGAUGUGAAAGACAUACUGCUAUGGCACUUGGUUCUACACGCUUCAAUUGAAGUGGUAUGCUUAUCGUUUAAAGGAAAAGCUCUCAUGCAUCAGCCUUCUCUGCACACAUUUUCCAGAGAUAUCCUAAGUACUUGCCAUCUGUGACAUGGGCAUUUCUUCGAAUGUGUGCUUACGACCUGGCUUCUCUUCUGCUAUAACAAGGAUCUCACAUGAGGGUAGAUGAAAGCUCCCACCUUAUGGCUUACACAAACGAACAAGUGUGUUUCUGUGAGGUUGCAUGAUUAAUCAUAGACACACUUUUGUGAGACGAGGCUUUGCUGAGCAAAGAGGGAGAUGAAGUUUGAAUACAAUUGUUUUGUUUUUAGUCGAAUGUUCUUUUUACU